AUGUCUGAAAUCCAACAACUACAACGAGAUGCCGAUCGUCAGAAACGUUUAAUUGCCGCACUGGAGAAUGAAGUUUUUGGAGCAAGACUAGCCGCAAAGUAUUUAGAUAAGGAAUUGGCUGGUCGUAUUCAACAAAUCCAGUUGUUGGGCCGGAACAUGCGCGGCGUUGAGCACGAUCGUUUAUGGAAUCAAUUGGAGGCCGAGAUUCAUCUGCAUCGACACAAAACCGUGAUCAGGGCUUGUCGGGGUCGAGGUCAAACAAAAGCUUUAUCGUGCCCCCGAAUCGAGGACUGCGCCGUGUUGAGGAAAAGGAAAGGAGUCGGAGAGACACGACGAAUUACACUGCCCAAACAUCCACAUGAAGGGUUGGGCAUCUCGAUUACGGGCGGUUCUGAGCAUGCUCUUCCAAUUGUGAUCUCCGAGAUACAACCAGGACAACCAGCUGAUCGUUGCGGAAAUGUGUUUGUCGGUGACGCGAUUCUGUCAGUGAAUGGAAUCGAUAUCCGGAAUGUAAAACACCAUGAAGCUGUCGAGAUUCUGUCAUCUCAGCAAGGCGAUCUCGAUUUGGAAGUGGUUUUUGUGGCUCCAGAUGAGGAUUCGGAUGAUGAGGGAACGGUGAUGAUCGAGGAUACUGAUGGAACGCUUUUCACGAUGUACAACAACAACAACGAUCGCCUUCAUCACUUGAGCGGGGGCGAACGGAUGAGUCGCGAUGGAAGUAGCGGAGUUGCGAGUGGAAGUGAGGGAGGAUCGUCAUCAUCAUCACAUCAACAAUCGAGCUCUCGUUCAUCCACCGCCACAAACACAUCCGCUUCAUCACGUCCAAAUUCGGGGGGAGGG